CCGGAGCCGCCGUUGGAGCCGGCACUGGGCGAGGCCCCGCCCCCGCAAGCUCUGGCCACGCCCCCAACAUGGCCCGGGCCAGGGGCGCGCAGGUACUGGUGCCUAGUGAGGACGUCUCCGGCCCUGCAGGCGUGGGUGGAAUUCGUGGCGUGGCAGAGCCGUGGGCCAGUGACGGUGGAGCCUGUGGCCUGGCGGUGGGAGGAUAAAGCCGCGUGAAUUACAGCCGUCACCCCUUCCCACUCCAAAGCCGCCUGGCAGCGUCUCCAGGGAACGUGCCUGUGACCUCGGUGUCUCUGCAGAUCCCGCCCCAGAGGGCGCCUCUGAGAUGGAGCCAAGUGUUGGGGGCAGAGGAAUCCCAGAUGCUCCUGGCGCGGCAGGCGCUGGGGGCUGGAACAUCAGAGAGGAGCAGAGCGACACGCCAGGAUCCUGGGCAGUGAAAGCAGAGAGCGCGUCCCAGAGCCUGGGCUGUGGGGAGCUCCUGGCCCCGGGGAGCGGCCGUGUCGGGGACGUGCUGCUGAUCUGCACUGAGUGCGGGGAGAGCUUCGGGCAUCACGAGGCCCUGAUCGCCCACCAGCGAGGCCACGCUGGGCAGGGGGCCGGGCCCUUCACCUGCCCCCAGUGCCAGAAGGGCUUCAAGCACAGAGCCAGCCUUGUGGCACACCAGCGCGUGCACACGGGCGAGCGCCCCUACGCCUGUGCCCAGUGUGGGAGGGGCUUCCGCUACAAGACCUGCCUGGUGGUGCACCAGCGCGCCCACUCCGGCCAGCGCCCCCACAAGUGCCCGCAGUGCGGCAGAGCCUUCCUACAGCGUGGGGACCUGCGUGCCCACCUGCGCACGCACACGGGCGAGCGCCCCUUUGCCUGCUCUGAGUGCGGCCUCCGCUUCCCGUCCCGCCGGAACCUCGCCUGUCACCAGCGUCAGCACCCAGACCUGGGCCCCCACCAGUGCCAGCAGUGCGGGCGCAGCUUCCGCCACAAGCGCAACUUGGUGCGGCACCAGCGCGGCCAUGCUGGCACCCAGCCCUACCGCUGCCCCGAGUGCGGGGACGGCUUCUGCUACAAACAGAGCCUGGUGGCCCACCAGCGGGAGCACGCCACCCCCCGGCCCUACCCCUGCCCCCAGUGCGGCACCAGCUUCCAGCACCAAGCCAACCUGGCCAUCCACCAGCAGAGCCACGCCCCCCCGGCCACCUACACCUGCCCACACUGCCAGCAGAGCUUCAAGUACAAGGGCUACCUGCGCAUGCACCAGCGGAAGCACUCGGCCCCCGAGGCCGAGGGGCGGGAGCGCCAGGCCCUGCCCGGCGGCGGGAGGCUCUUUACCUGCGCCCAGUGUGGGAAAGGCUUCAAGAACAACGGCUUCCUCAUCAUCCACCAGCGAGCCCACGCGGUCGGGGCACGGAGCGCCAGCCCCACCUCUUGGGGUACCUAGCC